UAAACGGAUUAACGUUUUCUAUUUUUAAUACCUAGUACCGUUUUUUUUUUAAUUUAAUAAGAACAGUAACUGUUUCUCAUUGGAUUACUUUUCACACUUCGGUUCUCAACUUCGAACUCUGAAAAUUGACAGGUUUCAAGAACAGAACAAGACAAUGACUCUUCAGUGGACCGCAGUGGCAUCUUUCCUUUACACUGAAAUUGCAGUGAUUUUAUUGCUUUGUAUUCCAUUUAUCUCUGCUCAAAGGUGGCAGAAGAUCUUCAAUUUCCAGUUUUGGGGGAAAAUUGCUACGUAUUGGAAUAGAGCAUUCUUGGCAAUUAUAGUUAUAUUAGUGGUUUUGUUUCUUGAUGCUGUGAGAGAAGUUCGAAAGUAUUCUGCUGUUCAUACAGUAAGUACAGAUUCAAAGCAGUUUCCUAAUGCAUAUGAUCAUGUCCACAUGAAACUUUUCAGAGCGCAAAGAAACCUCUAUAUCUCAGGAUUUUUCUUGUUUUUGUGGCUUUCAUUUAAACGUUUGAUUACAUUAAUCACCCAACUGGCAUCAGAAGGUGGAAAUUCCGAUGUCUUGAAAUGUCAAGCAGAAUCUUCUAGUGAUGCUGCUAAGAAAUGCAUGGAGGAGAAUGAAGCAUUAAAAGGGGUUCCAUCUGAUGGCGGUGAAGCAGAUGACAACAUACCACAGCCAGCAGGUCCAUCUGAUGGCGGUGAAGCGGAUGACAGCAUACCACAGCCAGCAGCAGAUGACAGCAUACCACAGUCAGCAGGUCCAUCCGAUGGCACUGAAGCAGAUGACAGCAUACCACAGCCAGCAGGUCCAUCUGAUGGGAGUGAAGCAGUUGACAGCAUACCACAGCCAGCAGGUCCGUCUGAUGGCAGUGAAGCAGAUAACAGCAUACCACAGCCAACAGUGGAAUGUCAAGAAGAUGUGGAUUGCUGUCUCCUCAACACCAUGAAGGACUUGAACAGACACCAUUAA